AUGGCCUCUGGUGGUUUCACAGCUCCUCUGCCUUCAAUAUUUGCUGGAGAAAACUAUGAUUUCUGGGCUGCAAAGAUGAAAGCAUAUUUGAGAGCUUAUGAUUUAUGGGAAAUCACAGAAAAUGGCACUGAACCUCCACCACUUAGAGCAAAUCCCACAAUUGCACAGCUGAAGCAACAUAGUGAGGAGAUUGCUAAGAAAUUUAAGGCUCUUUCUUGUAUACAAUCUGCUGUCUCGGAUGCCAUUUUCACAAGGAUUAUAACUUGUGAAUCUGCAAAAGAAGCCUGGGAUAGGCUAAGGGAGGAAUUUCGAGGCAAUGAAAGGACAAGACAGAUGCAAGUGCUGAACCUAAGAAGGGAGUUUGAAACUCUGAAGAUGAAGGAAUCAGAAAUUGUCAAAGAAUUUACUGAUAGACUGAUGAAGAUAGUUAACCAAAUUAGGUUGCUAAGUGAUGACUUGCCAGACAGGAGAGUAGUAGAGAAGGUCUUGAUCAGCUUGCCCGAAAAAUUUGAAGCCAAGAUCUCCUCACUCGAAGAUUCGAGGGACCUGGCUAGUAUGUCUUUGUCUGAGCUUGUCAAUGCUCUUCAAGCCACAGAGCAAAGAAGAUUGAUCAGACAAGAAGAGCAAGUCGAGGGAGCCUUGGUUGCUAAAGGAAAAUACAAAGCACAAACUAGUUAUGGGAUGAAGAAACCAUUUAAUGAGAAGAAGGGUGCUGAAUGCAGCAAGAAUCCUGUUGAAAGAAAGAAGUAUCCACCAUGUCCUCAUUGUAAAAAGAUAGGACAUUCACCUAAAUGGUGUUGGUUCAGGCCUGGAGUACAAUGUAGGGCUUGCAAACAAUUUGGUCACAUUGAAAAGGUAUGUAAAAGUAAGAAGGAGAAACCGGACCAGCAGCAAGCUCAACUUGCUGAAAAUCGAGAAAACCAACAGGAAGAACAUCGUUCACAGCAACAAAUUCAAAUGUCAGCAGCAAUGAUGAAGCUUGGCUGCUUGACAGUGGAUGCACUCACCAUAUGA